UCUCUCUCUCUCUCUCUCUCUCUCUCUCUCUCAUGAUCUAUUUAACAUGCGCCCGCCCUUUUGCUUGUUGCCUGCAUAUAAUUCUGUUCCUCGCUACGCUUGCUUCUCCUUUACUUAUUUAGCCAGGCUACCCUCCAUCAUCACCUCCACGACGCCUGCCUCCAUCCUUUCUCAAGCUACUACAAAAGACCACACACAAGCAAGCAAGCAAGCAGAGUCACAUCACACCACUGGCCUGGCUAGCUCCCCACCUCACCUCGGGCAAUUCUCUCUCGCAUAAACUAUUUCUUGGAUCCUCGAGAGAGGAUCUAGAGCAGCAGCAGUGGGAUCUGCGCGCUCACCAGCUAUCAUGGGCCUCGACGCCGCGGAAAUCUCUGAAUUGGCGGCGCUCCGGCCGAUCCACACGGCCGUGAGCGGCGCCCGGGCCACCCAAGUGCCAGGGGCGGUCGACGAUGACGCUGCCGACACCGGCUGCGUCACACCCAAGGCGAGCGGCGGGCGAUCGGCCGCUGCAGGAGGUGCGGACGACGGCGACGACGCUCCCGCCGACAACGGCUGCGUCACGCCGAGGGCGACUGGCUCCCUGGCCAUGCUGCCCAUCGCGCCACUGCUGCAAGACGACCGCGCCGACGUCGGCUUCGCCACGCCGCUGGCCACGGGUGGGGUAAUUAGUCCGCGAGACGGCUGCGCCGCUGCCGGCGACGAGAACAGCUUCACCACGCCGACGACGGCUGACAGUGCGCUGUUGCCGGCCACUGUGUGCCCGCCGGCGCCGCGGAAGUCGGCUCCGGCGCCGACGAGGAAGCGUGCUCCGCUCCAGCAGCGGCUCUUCUACCCGGUGCCGCACGACCUGGCCACCGUGUUCAUGGCCGUGCCGCAGUGCCCGCCGCCCGCCAAGAAGAUGCGGGCGCACGCCGUGGGGUCAUCCGCGCCGCUAGUCACGUGAGAGGCGCAAUUCGCGCACACACAUCAUCUGUCUCGUUCAUGUACUUCAGUACUUCACGUGUAUAUGCUGCUGCUGCGCGCCAUUGUCGCGACCGCGAGUGGACGAAGGAGUUCUUCAGAGAAGCGGAAGCAAGCAAGUCCACACACGAGCAAGGGCUCUCGAGCGGACGAGUGCGCAGAAAAUAUGUUGUAGUUGAAUCACUCAACUCCCCUCGGCUCCUCUGAGAUGUGCGUCAAACACACACGGAACUACUACUACUCUACUAGCACUCAAGUUUAGCUCAACCACUCAGCCAGCUCUCUCUCUCUCUCUCUCUCUCUCUCUCUCUCUCUCUCUCUCUCGUUUCUCGCAUGUACAAAAUACACGAGCUGUUUUGGUGACUAGCUAGCUUGCUGCCUCACACGGUCAAAGUCCGUUCUACUGUCGAUGCGCUACAAGUUUGCCUUAUAGUCCAUCCGUCUCAAAAUAAAUGAUAGGCAUACAUGGCCAUUUGUA